CCUGCCAUCUCUCAUGAUGGGCCUUUCCUAUCAGACGCUCCUCAUAGCCGAUUCUUAGCUGUAUUCACUGGAAAGAUCGAGUGGCCCAGUUCUACCAAGUUGCCCCGGAUUUGAGCAUCGACAACUCAUCACACACGCAACACCUACACUCAAACGCGUCAUGUCCUUCCUCGAUUCCUUCCAGCUUCCAAGCAUCUUCUUCCAAAACCCCUACGUGGCAACCUGCUUCCCCAUCGCUGUUGGUAGUGCCAUUGGCUUCUUCACUGCAGCCGAGACCAAGAACCAAUAUGGCACACUCCGUCAACCACCUCUCAAACCCCCAGCAUGGCUAUUUGGUCCUGUCUGGACGACCUUGUAUGCAGGCAUGGGCAUCGCUUCUUACCUGGCCCGCCAUGACUCCAAAGCACGCGGACUGUAUACCCUCUCGCUUGUGUUGAAUUUCGCUUGGAUGCCCAUGUUCUUUGGAUAUGCGCAACGUUCGCUUGCUCUAGCGGAUAUCGUGGCCUUGUGGGGAACGUUGUUGACGUUGCAGGGUCAUUGGCAGCAAGCGGACGAUCGUGCCGGUCUUGUUGGAUGGGCAAAUUUGGCAUGGGUCUCAUUUGCUACAUACCUCAAUGCUGGCCUCGUCUACCUCAACUAGCCAAAGAUG